UUAGUCAACGGUCCCUUUCGGUGAUCACAUGUUUGGUUUUCUUGUUUUUAGAAUUUUUAGUUUUUGUUUAAUUAAAUCCCCGAAAAUCAGUGAUUUGAUUGUAAAUUUAAUUUAAUUUGUUAUAAAAUUGUCUUAAAAUGUUGUCCUCGAGGGUUCUUAGAAGUUUAUCUCUACUCAAACCGAGAGUAUCUUCGGUGAAUACAUUUGUUGAACGCCGAGAAAUAAAAACCUGGUUGAAAAAUACUCUUGUUGAGAUGAAAGAUCGGGAUAGAGAUUUUGAUUUAAUUCCUCAUAAACAAAGACACCGACGAGAAUGGAUCGAUUGGAAUUAUGAUUGUGAAAUUUUCGCUUUCAACGCAAGGCUUGGGGAAAAGUUGCCUUUGGACAAAUUAAAAGGAGUAUUUAUUGAUCAGUCUUAUGUAGAUGAAGAGUCCAGAAAGAAUAAAGAAUUGGGACUUGAAGGUGUUGGUGUUGAAUUCGAAUCAAAUCGUAAAUUAGCCGAAAAAGGAGAGAGAAUAAUGAAACAAUUUAUUGCAUCAUAUUUAAGAUUUUUCUUACCAAGAGUUCCAGAAGAAGGAAUUUUAUCAAUUUUAGAAAAUUUGUGUUCUGAUAAGAAUCUAAGUCACAUUAGUGGUUACAUUGGAUGCACUGAAUUAAUCAUGAGUCCACUUGUCAACCCAACCGAUGUCAUGUUAUCAACUGCUGUUAAAUCAUUAUUGGGUCUUCUCGAAGAGACCAGUGGAUCACAACAGUGCCAGAAAUUCAUCAUAGAUAUAAUCUUACCUUAUCUUAAUGACAAGGAUCUACUAGAAAUUUGGAAUCCAAUCAGUCCAGAAAUUAAAGUUCAACAAAUCUUACAAAACGACGGGCUACCUCAAUUCGAGGCACGAUUACUUAGAGAAACGGGAAGAAAUACAAUUUUCUCAUGUUACACUGUCGGAUUAUACGUGAACAAAAACCUCUUAGGUUAUGGUCCAGGAGAGUCCAUUGAGAUAGCCAAAGAAAUGGCCGCUUACGAUACAUUGAGACGUUUCUUUAAUCUCACCCCAUCUCAGGUGUUAUUCAAAUUCGGACCACCAGCCCACAAUUUAGAUUACACCUCUAAAUUAAACCAAACCAAUCCACCAUUAAAAGACUGGAAAUUAAGUGAUUUCAAUGAAAACAUUUUCGAUCACAAUUCAAAACAACAAAAUCAACACCAAAAACCAGACACUAAAAUAGCAGCAUCUAUGUAAUCACAUUUAAAUUUAAAAAACAUAAAAAUUACACAUUAGUUUAAAACAAGAAAACAAUCAAUCCAUUGAAUUAAUUAAAACGCUCUCAAAUACGAAACUCGAAUUGACCAAAUCACCCGAACCCACCCCCUUAAUCAUGAAACCCCAAGUCAAGGACAUAAAUUCAUAAGCAGCUGUCAUAGUAUAGUGGUUAGUACUUCGCGUUGUGGCCGCGACAACCCAGGUUCGAAUCCUGGUGACAGCACACUCUUUUUGCCCUUUCAACUUUUCUCAUUUUUCGAAUUUGAUUCAACUUUUCUUUCGAACCUGUUCAAUUAUCGUAGCCGUUCGUUGCCUUUAAUUAUUAAAUCGAAAUUAAGACAAAAAGUACUAAUUGUUUUGUUUUAAAUUUUAAUUUUCAACUGGAAAAUGAUUUGAUUGUGUCAAGUGUUGAGAGUUAAUUUUCUGAUAGAAAUUUUCAUUUUGAUUUCUAUUGAUUAUUUAGGUUGUUUUUCAUUUUCUUUAUAAUUAAUUAUUCUUAAUUAUAAUGAAUCGUUUUCUUUUUUAUAAACAAUUAAUAGUUAACCGGUUUUCGUUUUCGCUCAAUUUUUGAAAUUUUUCUGAUUUGAUUUCUUUCAUCUCCUAAUUGGUCAUCAUUUUGAAAACGAUUCUUAAUUAGUACCAAUCAAAUGGUUGAGGAUAUAAGAUUU